AUGAUUUCUAUUCUAUUGCUUGUGGGCUUGAUAGCCACAUUACAAGUAGUACGCACACGCAGACAGGCGGCGAAGCUACCACCGUCCCCACUACCGUCACUGCCGAUUAUCGGUAGCCUUCAUCAGCUGGGGAAAGCUUGGCUUCGACAGUCCCGAGACUGGCACCGAAAUUAUGGACCAUUAAUCACACUGAAGCUAGGAGGUCAGACUAUUGUCCUUGUCGGGAGUCAGGAAGCAGCCUCCGAGCUUCUGGGGAAACGUGGGCGUUUAUACAGCUCGCGCCCACAUUUUGUCAUGGCACUGGACUUAAUGUCUAAAGGUGACCACACGGUAUUCUUACCAUACGGACCAAAAUGGAAGCUCCACAAUCGAUUGCAGAUGUCAAUCCUGGGGGUUCGUGCUUCGCGACAGUAUCAUAGCCUUCAGGAACUGGAAACGCAGCAAACUUUGCUAGACUUUGUGGAAGGGGAUAACUACGAGCUGAUCUUUCAGCGGUUCCAAGCUAGCCUCAUUCACACCAUGGCAUACGGCCGUCGACUGCCCAAGCAAAAUGACCAACGUCUACACGAGGUAGAAGCACUAUCAAAAGCAUUCAUAAAUGCCGCCACUGCAGGAAAUUAUCUAGUGGACAUAUUCCCCAUUCUCAAACAUACACCAACUUGUCUGGCACCAUGGAAGAAAUAUGCCCAACAGAUUCACGACCGGACGAUCAGCUUGAACAGAGGACACAUCCUGGAGGCUGAGAAAACGAUGGCCUGGAAUUGGGUGAAGCAUAUACGGAGCCUCAAAGAGAGUGAAUCAUUGACCGACCAUGAAUUGACAUUCGUGAUCGGUAGCAUUUACCAAGCUGGUGUUGAUACGAUGACCAACCUUCUCCGGCUCUUCCUCAUGGCCUCCGUACUGAACCCGGUGGCGGUUCGGCGCGCUCAAGCCGAGCUAGACAAGGUUGUGGGCAAUCGGCUGCCUAGCUUUGAUGAUAUGGAGCGACUCCCCUUCAUCAAUGCUUACGUGAAGGAGGUAAUCCGGUGGCGUCCUGUAGCGGGACUGGGGGCGCCGCAUUGUGUUAUCCAAGAUGAUGUCUAUCAUGGCUUCACGAUCCCAAAAGGGACAACCAUUCUAGCAAACCAAUUUGCCAUGGAACUGGACCCCGAACUUUGGGAGGAGCCGGAGGAGUUUAUGCCUGAGCGCUGGCUGCAACGACCGGACCAGGAGCUUGGCAUCUUUGGCUACGGGAGGCGCAAGUGCACGGGGCAAUAUCAAGCUAUGGAUUCAGCGUACAUUGUCAUGUCGCGGAUGCUGUGGGCUUUCCAGUUUAACCAUCGGUAUGAGCAUGGUCGGAAGGUCGAGCUUGGGCCAUGGGACUUGAAACAAGACGGAAAUCUUUACGUUGCUAAGCCUUUUCGCGCGGACAUCAAACCUCGGGAUUCCCAGAAGAAAGACGCCAUCUACGCAGCGGUGAACUCCGAGAAAGACGAUGUUGAUCUCGAUUAUGUGUUGAAUGAGAUCGGCCAUGCCCUUGCGCCCAAGGGCAAUCGUGAUGAUAUUGAAACCUGA